AUUUACCUAUUUACAUAUUCCCAGAUACCUAUUUACUGGUGUGAGAGUGAAUGAGCCGCCAUCUGUGGGCGGUGCCGGGAAGCUGGUGAGGUAAACACUGGUGGAGGACCAUGUUUUCAUUGCUGACUAAACGUGAAAAUGCUCAUUCAGAAGGCAUUUGGUCAUGUGCUUGGGGCCAUUUUGUCCCAGAAGAAAAAAAGAAAGACAAUGAAGAUAAUGAGAAAGAGAAUGGCGAAGAAAAUAAAGAAAACCAAGUGAGAAGAAAUGAAGAGAAUUUGCCCGACUCGGAACAGAGGUAUAUUGUCACUGGAGGCCUGGAUGACUUGGUCCGAGUGUGGUGCUGGUCAGGUGAUGGGGUGGAAGGAGAGUUGACACCAAUGCACACACUUGAAGGUCACUCACUCGGAGUUAUAUCAGUUGAUGUUAACGCUGCUGGGACUACGGCUGCAUCAUCGUCUUUAGACUCGACUAUUCGAUUGUGGAAUCUCCAUUCUGGUGAGCAGUUGCAGACCAUUGACUGUGGCCCAGUUGAAGCCUGGUCGGUUGUAUUUUCUCCCGAGGGUAAUCUCAUAGCCUCAGGAAACCAUGCUGGUAAGAUCAAUGUUUAUGCAGUUGAUGGCGGGCGUCACGUAACAACAUUAGACACAAGAGGACGUUUUACUUACUCAAUUGCUUAUAGUCGUGAUGGAAAGUAUGUUGCCAGUGGAGCAAUAGAUGGUUUCAUCAAUGUAUUUGACGUCGAGAGUGGGAAACUGGUACAUACCUUAGAAGGACAUGCCAUGACAAUUCGUUCCAUCACAUUUUCACCAGACUCGCAACUUCUCCUCACAGCUGCUGAUGAUGGACACAUGAAAAUGUAUGAUAUCAAGAGCAGCAACUUGGCAUGUACACUCUCUGGCCACGGCUCCUGGGUGCUGAGUGUGGACUUCGCUCGUGACCAACAGCACUUUGUGUCGUCAUCUUCUGACCACACCGUCAAGGUCUGGGACUUUGCCCAACGUAAUUGUGUCCACACCUUCAAGGAUCAUCAUGAUCAGGUUUGGUGUGCUAAAUAUAGUCAAGACAGCAGUAAAAUUGUUAGUGUAUCGGAAGACAAGAGUGUUAUUGUGUACAACUCUCCGGUCUAGAAAUCCAAGAUACAAGUUGGGCCAGUUUAUUCAGUAAUCAAAAUUAAUUUCAGCUUAUUUUAUUAAUACUUGAAUAGUCAUUGUGAUAAUAUGUACAAUGCUACCUUAUAAUGAGCAGUAAUUGUAUGUUGCCAUUUUGUUAAGAAUGAGUUAUCUUAACUUGCACUAUCAACUGUAACAUAAUAAUAAAGGAACUACUAAUUUGAUUACAGUAUACAGUUUUGUUUUUACCAGAACUGUAAAAUUAAAUGUGCUGUUUAUUUCUACAAAUUUCUUAUUAAAUGAUUGCUUUGC